AUCAUUCCCUAGCCUGCUGUAAACUUAAGAAGAAGUACGAGAAUUCCUGGACGAAGAAGAAGACGGCCGAAGGCAGGCGCACAGAUCAGAUCAGAUCACCCACCACCAGCAGUGGGCAGAGAGAGCCCGCCAUGGAUUCUCCUUCCAAUCCCGGCCUUUUCGCCAAUAUAAUAGGAGAUAUAGCCUCCCCUCCCCCUCUUUAAAGGCCACUUGCCAUCUGCUGCUCCAGCUCGGAACUCGGAACUCGCCUCGUGUCAUUCCUUCCCCAACUUCUUCUCUUCUCCUCUUCUCUUCUCUCUCUCCUGUCGUCGUCCCUCGAAACCCGGGGGAGCAUUCCGUGCACUCGAUCUCGUCCAUCUUCUUGGACGAACGUCCUCAAAGUCACUCCUUUCCCGCACCCAUUUGAUCAAAGAGCCGUCUUUCCUCGGAUCUCCCACAUGGGUGGUUUCGAGGGAAAUCCCGAUCAAGAAUCGGCGGCGCCGCCGAGGAAGUCCCUGUUCCGGUACAACUCCCCCCUGUUCCAGGUCAGCCUCAUCGGGCUGGUCUGCUUCUGCUGCCCCGGCAUGUUCAACGCCCUCUCCGGCAUGGGCGCCGGCGGCCAGGUGGACCCCACCGCCGCCAACAACGCCAACACCGCCCUCUACACCACCUUCGCCCUCUUCGGCGUGCUCGGCGGCGGGAUCUACAACGUCCUCGGCCCCCGCCUGACCCUCGCCGCCGGCUGCAGCACUUACGUCCUCUACGCCGGCUCCUUCUUGUACUACAACCACUACCACCACCAGGCCUUCGCCAUCGUCGCCGGCGCGAACCUCGGCAUCGGCGCGGGCCUCCUGUGGGCCGGCGAAGGGGCCAUCAUGACCUCGUACCCGCCGCGCGACCGGAAGGGCACUUACAUCUCCCUGUUCUGGAGCAUUUUCAACAUGGGAGGCGUCAUUGGUGGGCUGAUCCCGUUUAUCUUGAAUUACAACAACAGCACGGCUGCUUCCGUCAACGAUGGAACCUAUAUUGGGUUCAUGUGUUUCAUGAGUGUCGGGGCAAUUCUUUCCUUCGCUAUCUUGCCGCCGAGCAAGGUGAUUCGCGACGACGGGAGUAGUUGCACUAACGUGAAGUACUCGAGCAUUUCGACCGAGGCGAUCGAGAUUCUCAAGCUGUUCCGCAACUGGAAGAUGCUCUUGAUUUUGCCGGCCUCUUGGGCCAGCAACUUCUUCUACAGCUACCAGUUUACUAAUGUGAACGGGGUCAUGUUCAAUUUGAGGACUAGAGGGCUGAACAACGUGUUCUACUGGGGGGCGCAGAUGUUGGGGUCGGUCGGAAUCGGUUAUGUGCUGGAUUUCAGCUUUUCGAGCCGGAAGACGAGGGGUUACGUCGGGAUUUCGAUCGUUGCUUUGAUUGGGACUGCGGUUUGGGGGGGUGGCCUUGCUAAUCAGCUAAAUUAUUCUCGUCACGACCUGCCCGAUAAGUUGGACUUCAAGGACUCAGGCUCCGAUUAUGCCGGGCCGUUCGUGUUGUAUUUCAGCUACGGAUUGCUGGAUGCAAUGUUCCAGAGCUUGGUUUACUGGGUCAUUGGAUCCUUAGCUGAUGAUUCUGAAACUCUUAGCAGGUACAGUGGGUUCUAUAAAGGAGUGCAGAGUGCAGGAGCGGCAGUCGCUUGGCAAAUCGACCAGCACAAAGUCCCGUUCCUCACGGAGCUUAUUAUCAACUGGUCGCUUAUGACGGUGGGCUAUCCCUUGCUCCUGGUUCUUGUCAAGUUGGCCGUGAAGGACGAUAAGGAGGGCGAAGAGGGAGCUAAAAAGGAAGUUGCUCCAUCUUUUGCUCACUAGGUCAUAUUCCACGUUGUCAUAUAAUCUUUUCUUAUGAAGCAUCUUUGUGAAUGUCGGGCUUAGCAAGACGACAACCUGAAAAAAGAUGAAUUCUUCUGAAUUGCUCCGUCUCCUCCUAUGGGUUUUCCUAUUCUGUCUGCAGUGGAGUUGUAAUCUUAGGCAGUUGACACGGCAGUUGUAAAUGAUACAUUGUUCUCUUUCCAGUGUAUCAAAAGCGCAAUCAAAGUUGUGUUUCACGAACAUUUCUCUCCCUCUAAA